AUGGCUGCGUCAUUCAGAUGGAUCUUUAUCAUCAACAUCUUCAACAUCAUCAACAUCUUCAACAUCUUCAACAAUCAACAUCUUCAACAUCUCAACAUCUUCAACAUCUUCAACAUCUUCAACAUCGAGUUCAGAUAUAUUCUCAACGUCUACUAUUUUCAUCCCGUCAGCAUCUUCGUCUGCAUCCUCGAUGGAAUCAACGUCAACAACAACCUCUUCAACCUCUCCAAUAUCUUCUUCAAUAUCAUCGACAUCUUCAAGCUCAGCGUCAUCAGAAACUCAGACAUCGACAUCUUCAAUAUCUUUAACAUCCUCAACAACUUCAAUGUCUUCAACAUCUUCAGCAUCUUUAGCAAUAACUUCUUCAACAACCUCUUCAACAUCAUCAACAUCUUUAACAACUUCAACAUUUUCAGCAUCUUCUUCAAUAUCAUCUACAUCCUCAGCAGCUUCUUCAACAUCCUUCAUAUCUUCAGGCUCAGUAUCAUCAGAAACUCAAACAUCAAUGUCUUCAAUAUCUUCUUCAAUAUCUUCUUCAAUAUCAUCUACAUCCUCGGCAGCUUCUUCAACAUCCUCCAUAUCUUCAGGCUCAGUAUCAUCAGAAACUCAAACAUCAAUGUCUUUAACAUCUUCUUCAAUAUCUUCAGAACUACCAACAACCUCCACAUCAUCAGAAUCAUCAACAAUCCCGACGUUUUCACCUUCAACAACCUUGACAUCGUCAACCUCAACCUCAGCAUCAUCAGAAACUCAAAUGUCAACAUCAGAAGCAACUUUAUCAUCAUCUAUUUCUACUUCUUUGGAAUCCUUAACGUCUUGGAUACUCUCAGAAUCGUCAUCAUCACCAUUAUCAUCAUCAACAAUAUCCUCGACAACGUCGACAUCUUCAACAGUAUCAACGUCAUCAAAGGUGCCGUCGGCAUCGGAAACUUCAACAUUCCAUAG